AUGGCUUUUGUUGAAAAUCAAACACAACAAAAUCGACGGCUACGUACAUGGCCUUUUCGAAAACGUGGUACAAUUUUUAACGGAAACACUUAUACUAAAACGGGUCAUAAAAUCAAUUAUGAUGCUGAACUUGAUUUAACACGUCGUGGAUCAUUAAAAUCAAUCUUUAUGACAGAUUCAUCCAAGACACUUCAAAUUAGUGAACGCAAUAUUUCUGAAGAUUUACCUGCUACAUCAAUGAAUAAAGGAAAUGUAAUAACAACAAGUUUUCGUAAGAAAUCUUCUCCGAUUGAACUAUUUCUCGAUUGUCCAAUAUGUUGUGAUACUUAUCGAUCGAAUGAAUUAAAACAAAUGUCAUGUUGUUCAAUAAAACUUUGUUCAUCAUGUCUUUUAACACAUACAAUAACAAAUAUAAAUAAUGGAAAAGUUAAAAUUGAAUGUCCAUCAUGUUCAGAAGAUAUUAAUUCAUCAAUGAUAUUAUAUAAUAAUGAAAUACCAGUAUCUACACGAGAACGUUAUCAACAAAUCUUAGCACAAGAUUUAUCGGAAAAACAAAAUACAUAUAUAAAAUUAUGUCCACAUUGUAAUUUUAUAACAAUCAUAGAUGAAAAUGAUCCAAUAGUACGUGGAAAAAAAUCUCAAACAUGGUUACAAUGUGAACAAUGUACUAAAGAUUGGUGUUGGUCAUGUUAUGGACCAUCACAUCCAACUGAAACAUGUAAACAAUUUAAAAAACGACAUACACAUCUUGAUAUAUGGGCUAAAACACGUCGAACAGAAAAUAAUAAUCAACGUAAUGCUCAACGUUGUCCAAAAUGUUCAAUAUAUAUUGAAAAAAUUGAUGGAUGUGAUCAUAUGGUCUGUGCAAAAUGUAGUUCAAAAUUUUGUUAUCGUUGUGGUUCUAGAAUGAGAUUACCAUUUUAUAUUGGACAUGAUGCGAAAUAUUCUAUAUUUGGUUGUAAAUAUAAAUUAUGGCCAAAUCGCCCAUUUCUACGUUGGGUAGUACGUGGUUCAAUAUUUGCUAGUGUACUUCUUCUUACUCCAGUUGUACUUGGUGCGCUUAUUGGUCUUAUUGCUGUUGGAAUUCCAACUGUUUUAAUUAUUGGUUGCUUUGCUCUACCUGUAUUUUUAUGUCUGGAAUGUAAAAAACGAACUUGA